AUGGGGGUCGUGCGGGAGAAGCUGGAGACCACACCACCAGAAGUGCGACGAGUGUUGAGAAGUUUCAGGCAACCGGCGGACGACUGCAGCGUAACCUUGCUGCUCACCGAAAAUGGUAUGCCCAAGUACAUCAUUGAGCUCAAGGACGGCACGCGGCUCUUCAUGGGCAGCGUCUUUGGAGACUCGAAAGACUCCGACAAUGUGCUCGCCUCCAUGCGCGCUGCAAAUUCGGCCGCGGGCUUCGUACCGACGUCGGUAUCCAUCGGUGGCUACUUAUCCACAACCUCAGGGGAGCUCUUGGCGGACGGGGAUGAUGGACGGAGGUGGAUGCUGGUCCCAUGCUUUGAGGAGAAGCAGUCCCUCGCAUCGGACAAGCACACUCCAAUGAGCGAAUGCUCUUACAAGCUGCCGGCCACGCUUGGUGCCUUGCACACUGCAUUUCGUAGAAGUGGCGCCAGCAUCGAGGGUCUGAAGUACUACUCUGCCGUCGCAAGCUUCGAUGCGGCCCGGGCGAACCUUCAAAACUGCAUGGCCUCAACAUCGGCGAUGCCCUCGGACUGGAGGCCUGUCCUUCAGCCUGUGGAGCAGUGUCUGAGACAGUUGCGGGAAGCCGACGUGGCAGUUUUGGAUGCCCUGCCCCGGCAAGUGAUUCACAGUGACUUCCAGCCGAAGAAUCUGAUGCUGAGCCCAGAAGGCUCCCUCCGCAUCUGUGACACAGAGACCAUGACCCAGGGCCCCAGAAUCUACGACUUGCUCUUCAUCUUCAUGGGUAGUGACGAUAGCGACUUAGUUGGCCAGUGGGGCGCAGCGCUGGACCGACUGGAGGAGUACCUCGUCGCUUCCUGGCCGCUGGAUGAGGAUGAGCUGCAGGCGAUGCCUACUGCACUGGCCCAUCUUGCGACGGGCAUCGCAGCAUGGGCCGCGCAGAAGUUCGAGAACCCCGGCAGCUUAACUCCGGAAAGGCUGUUGCAAAUCAUCACUUGCUUCUCCCAGGCCGCCCAGGAGUUCUUAGAUUCGGAGGCCCUGCAGUGGAACUGGAGGCUUACUGGACGUACUUCCACAGCAUUGGAGCCCGGGGAGAAGGGCGCAGCCGUUUUCUUCAAUGGCACUUUCUCUCCGGUGCAUGCUGGGCACCUGGCGACUGCUGAAUCAGCCGUUAAUGCUGUGAAGGAGCUGGGAUUUGACAAAGUCACGGUUGUCUUCUCGCCGUGUCAUGAUUCCCAUGAGGGCGGAAAGCUCAAGCAGCUCGGUGUUGGCGUGAAGCACCGUGCUGCGAUGCUAGAAGCAGCGGGAGCCACUGUGGACUUGUAUGAGGCUUCCCGUGACACAGCAACCAUGGACUUGGAAGGUGUGCAGUCGUCCUUCGUGCGUCGGCUGCCCGCCAACUACGAUGCCUUUUUCUUGGUAGGGGCGGAUGUUGCAAGCUGGAGGUGGCUUCGGAGGAAAGUGGCUCUCGGCCUCCACGUGCUGCUUGUAGCGAAUCGCCCGGGAUCCGAAUCUCGCGUUGAAGCUUGCGAAAGGAGCUUCCGAUCAGGGUCCUGGCCGGGCUCCCUUCAUGUGGUUCGCGGUGCAGACACGGGCAAGUCUUCCACACGGAUCCGCGCGGCUGCAGCUGGCAGUGGUGACUUGAAAGCCGAGGUGGGUAUUCCGGAGGUUGCGGCGUAUGUUGCACAGCAUGGAUUGUACAGGACAGCCUUGGAUGGAGCGUGA